AAGUUGUGCCGUGCUCAGUUUGUGCGUGCGAUUGUCAUUCUACCGUGUUUCAUCGAGAGCCUCAACGAGCCUCCUCCUCCCUGGUGGUUAGCACAAAUGAUGCCGGAUGAGCCUCCUCCCUUCAACGAUGAUCAAGAGCCUCCUCCUCCAAAGCCUGGGCCGGCGAGGCCGAUGCAGCGAGUGCAGCUCAUCAAGUACCACAGCCUCAAUGCGCCCCUGGCCCCCAACGAGCAGAAGGUGGUGCUGGAGCUCAAGGGCGCCUCCUCCGCGGCCUCCAGAGCACCACUAGAUCUUGUCGCUGUCAUGGAUGUCAGCAUUAGCAUGAGUGGAAGCAGGCUCGACAGCACGAAGAAAGCCCUCCGCUUCAUCAUCCGCAAGCUCACCGACCACGACCGCCUCUGCAUCGUCAAAUUCGACGACUCCGCAGCCCGCGUGUGUGCGCUGCGCUGCGCCACCGAGGCUGCCAAGGCUGUCCUCGAGGGCCAUGUUGGCAGACUCUAUACCCUUGGCUUGACCAACAUCCAGGCCGGCCUCGAGACUGGCCUCAGCGUCCUCAGGGAACGCAAGUUCACCGCCGGUCGCGCCGCCGCCAUCAUGCUCAUGUCUGACGGCGAGCAGAACAUGGGUGACGCCAGGGACGUCGACCCCGGCAACGUGCCCGUCCACACCUUCGGCUUUGGCUCAGGCCACGACUCCGCGCUGAUGGACGCGAUCGCAAAGAAGAGCCUCGGCGGGGUGUACAACUUCGUGGAUGACGACAUCAAACCCAACGUCCUCUCGGAGACAUUCUCCCAGAUCCUGGCCGGCCUCGUCACCAUCAUCGUGCAGGACCUCGAGCUCACCGUCACGCCAUUCAUGGACGAGGCCACCAUUAAGAAGGUGGACGCCGGGACCUACCCGCGGAACACCGCCACCGACGGCUCGUCCUCCGUCACCAUCCGCUUCGGCACCCUCUACAGCGCCGAGGAGCGCAAGGUCAUCGUCGAACUGGCGCUCAGGGACCACACCUCCUUUCGCCCGUACAACGCCGACGUUGCCAAGGUCCAGUACAGAUUCAGCUUUGAGGGCCAGCGCUUCACCUCCAACACCGAGCUGGUCACCAUACACCGCGGCAGGAAAGCGCCGGACCCAGCUGACGCACCGCCGCAGGUGCAGGCCGAGGUGGCCCGCCGGCAGCACGUGGACUCCAUCAAGGCGGCGAUGGAGAAGGCCGACGGCGACAAAUUGGAGGACGCGCGGAACAUACUGGAGGAGGCGCUGAAAGCGCUGGAGCGCCUUGCCGACCCCAUGGUGGACAUGCUCCGGAAGGAGCUGCACAAACUGCUGGAGCUCUUCAAGACGAAGGCGAUCUACGACAGGCAGGGCCGCCCCGCCGCCAUCUCCUCACUCGCCUCCCACGAACGCCAGCGCUUCACAGCCAGGGGCGACGCCGAAGACAUCCGCAUCUUCGCCACGCAACGCAUGGACACCUACCUGGAGCAGGCCAAGCAGCAGGACGACGACAAUAAGCCGAUUCGGACCGCCGCCGCCGACGUCGUCGAGGAAGAGCCGGAGCCAGAGCUGAAGCCGGAGCCGGAGCUGAAGCCGGAGCCGGUACCGCAACACGUGCCAGCUUCGCCCAAGCCCAAGGCCUGGGAGGCGAGGACGCUGUCGAUGGCGCUUCAAGCGGUCACGGCGGUGCUCAGCCUGCUGGCCUUCUCCAUUAUGGUCAGCGCAAUGACGCCCGCGUGGGACGGCAACGGCUACGUCCGCUACGAAACGUACAGGUACGCCAUCGGAGUGAAUGUGGUCGUCUGCUUCUACUCGAUCGUGCAAGCAUCUGCCAAAAUCCGCCGACUAUUAUGGCCAAGUUCUAUGCCGCGGAGCAUCUCAAGCUACUACUGCAGCCUCUUCCUCGAUCAGGUAUUGGCGUAUCUGCUCAUAUCGGCUUCAUCGGCAGCCGCGUAUCGCAACCAUCUGUGGGCGUCGAGAUACGGCAAGGACCAGUUCAACAGCAAGAUCAACAUUGCAGUGUGGUUUUCAUUCCUUGGGUUCCUUGCGCUAUCAGCCAACGCGCUUAUCUCCAUGGCUAAUCUAUUCAGCAGGAUCUGAUAAACUCAUGCUGAUCGUACGUUUUGCAGUAUUGCAGUACAUGUACACUGGUGCAAGCUAGAUCGUGAACAAACAUAUAAAAAAUAAUGUACGCUGAGUGCGAACAAGCCAAAACACUAAUAAUAAGAAUAUAAGAUAUUAAGAUGGUAGUUA